AUGAGUGAAGGGGUGUCUCUCAAGCGGAAGCUGAGUCUGAGGAUGGUUUUUGUGGAUGUGUUUCUGUUGAUUUUGAGUCUGAAAGAGUGUCACUGCAGCCCAUUCAAUGUAUUCGGAGGCUCAUUGUCGACUGACAGAAGAGUAGAUGGUUUUCUUCCUGAGAUCUCUCCAAAUUCAGCUCCUCAGCCACUCCUUCCUCUUCUUGCUCCUUCUCCAUUAGCACCAUUCACAAACAGUACCAUUCCAAAGUUAUCAGGACAAUGCACGCUGAAUUUCACUGCUGCCCAAAGUUUGAUGAGUACAACAUCAACUGAUUGUUGGUCUAUUUUUGCGCCACUGCUGGCUAAUGUUAUAUGCUGUCCCCAGUUACAAGCCACUCUUGCAAUUCUUAUGGGCCAAUCCAGUAAAGCUACCAACACUCUUGCUUUAAAUGGGACAGUUUCAAAGCAUUGCCUUUCAGAUAUUGAGCAGAUAUUGGCAGGUCAGGGUGCAGCAGGCAAUGUGAAUAAGAUAUGCUCAAUUCAUCCAUCAAAUCUCACUGAAGGGACUUGCCCUGUUAAGGAUGUCAAUGAAUUUGAGGGCACUGUGGAUUCUUCUAAGCUUCUUGCUGCCUGUGAGAAUAUUGAUCCAGUUAAAGAAUGUUGCGAUCAAGUUUGUCAAAAUGCCAUAUUAGAAGCUGCUACAAAAAUUGCUUUAAAAGCUUCUGAAGUAUUGAGCAUAGCUGGGUCCCAUGGUUUAACUGAGCAGUCAACAAAGGUUGAUGAUUGUAAACAUAUUGUACUUCGAUGGCUGGCUGGUAAACUCGAUCCUUCUCGUGCAAAGGAGGUUCUCAGAAGACUAUCUAAUUGCAAAGUUAAUGAAGUUUGCCCUCUGGUUUUUCCUGACAUGAGACAUGUUGCAAAAGGCUGUGGGAAUGAGAUUAGUAACAAGACAGAAUGCUGUAGUGCCAUGGAGAGCUACGUGUCUCACUUGCAGAAGCAGAGCCUCAUAACCAACUUGCAAGCUCUGGAUUGCGCUACAACUCUAGGAAUGAAGUUACAGAGAUCCAAUAUUACUAAAGAUGUUUAUAGCCUUUGUCAUAUAACCCUUAAGGAUUUCUCCCUUCAAGUUGCAAGACAAGAGUCUGGAUGCCUUCUACCGAGCAUGCCAUCUGAUGCAACAUUUGACCAGUCCUCAGGGAUCAGCUUCAUUUGUGAUUUGAAUGAUAAUAUUCCUGCUCCAUGGCCCUCUACGUCGCAGUUAUCAGCAUCAUGCAAUAAAACCAUCAAAAUUCCUGCACUUCCUGCUGCUGCAAAUGCUCAAAGUGGUCUUUACAACGAAGAUGUGAUAUUUUAUGUGCUGUUUGCUGCCUCAGCUGUUACCUCGAUGCUCUUGUAG